AUGGGUGAUCCAUCAGAGUCAUGUUCCUUUGAGGAUCUCAUCCGAUCGAAGCCGUUCACCUUCUACAUCGGCAAAGAGAAGAAAGCAUUCGUUGUGCACUCUAAAGCGGUCGCCGCGACCUCAUGGCAUUUUCACGCACUUGUGAACAAUGGCAUGGUACAGUCGCAAGAAAGGUCCGUAGAGUAUCCGGACAUGGAGCCGGAUGACUUUGCUCGAUUUGUCGAGUACUCAUAUCGUUACGAUUACACUGCGCCGUCUUGGACCCUGGAUGAGGGCGCAGUGAAGAAAGACGAUUUCGAUGAGGCUGCCUACAAUGACGAGGUCCCACCGGCAGAUGACUGGGAAGUUUCACCAGACGGAGAACCGGAAGUAGUUCUAUGCGGUGAGGAAGUCUCGGAUUCAGACUUCAACCAAGCAACCCGUAGAUUGCGCCAACGCUUCCGCCAGCGCGAAUACCUCAUGUCGCAAGAGCCCAAGACCAUAAUGCUUGAACGCUUCCUGCCCCCAGAGAACUCCGCGCCAGAACAAGAUUUCACGCCUAUCUUCUUAGCGCACGCACGUCUCUAUACCUUCGCCUGCAUGCGCCUCAUCGACCCUCUCAAACGCCUGGCUCUACACAAGCUCCACCAAACCCUUCUCAAGUUCAAGCUCUACGAUCGACGAGUAGGCGAUGUGGUUGAGCUGGCCAGAUACGCAUAUGAUAAUGGGGAAGACAGGAAGCCUGACGGGAGCAUCGAAGAUCUCAGAAAGCUGGUGGUGGAGUACAUAGCUUGCGAAGUAUCGACCAUCGGGAAGCAUGAAGCGUUUGCUCCUCUGUUGCAAGAGGGCGGAGAGUUUGUGGUCGAUUUCUGGCGUAUCAUCGCUAAGGAGAAUCUAUCUUUGUAG